AUGGUGGCAUUGAGUGCCCACAUGCCCUUCGCUCCUCCGAACGGCCCCGACGAUCGCAGCAUACCGGGCAACACGGUGGCAAACGGCCCCGAUGAGCGCAGCAUACCCGGCAACACGGUGGCAGUCAGUGCGGACAUGCCCUUCGCCGGUCUCACCCACUUUGGCUCCGCCUUCCUCGAGAAGCUUGAAGUGGCACAGAUGAGGUGUUGUGGGCGCAUCUGCCCCAACCCCAUGUUGACCACAUCUGCCUGGUGCACACACCAAGGGUGUCAGGAGUACCUUCUCCCCCCUCCCCUUUUCUCCCCCCCUUCACCAGCUACUCCACCCUCCCUAGGUCCACAUGUGCUUCGACAACACACUGGGUGUUCGAGAACACAUGUGGCAGUCCCACUGUUACUUACUCUCCCUGUCAUCAACACCCCCCUGCUCACCGCUUCUCUCACCGCCCUCACUAGCCACCCCACCACCCCUGAUGACCACAUCUACCUCGUGCACUCACCAAGAGUGCCAGCACUACCCCACCUCUUGCUGAGCCACAUCUGUCUGGAGGACACGCCGGGCGUGCUGGCACUGCCGCACCCCCUGCUGGACCACAUAUGUCUGGUGGACACGCCGGGCGUGCUAGCGGGGGAGAAGCAGCGCACCCAACGCAGCUACGACUUCACUGGUGUCACUGAGUGGUUCGCAUCAAAUUGCGACCUCAUCCUGCUGCUCUUCGAACCGCGCAAGCUGGACGUGAGCAAUGAGUUCAAGCGCGUCAUCACGUCGCUGCACGGCAACCAGGAUAAGAUCCGACUGCUGCUCAACAAGGCCGACCAGGUCAACACACAGCAGGUGAGACGCGUUGACCAGCUCAUGCGAGUGUAUGGUGCGCUCAUGUGGUCACUGGGGAAGGUCAUCAUCACGCCUCCUGUGCGCUUCACCCUGCUUCUCUCAUCACAUCCCGCACUCUCACCUCAUGCGCUCUCGCUCCUAUCCUCUCCUCCCCUGUCCCCACCCCCCCCCCCCCCACCCCUUCAGCUCAUGCGAGUGUACGGGGCGCUCAUGUGGUCCCUGGGGAAGGUCAUCAACACGCCUGAAGUCAUGCGCGUGUAUAUCGGGUGA